ACCCGAUCGAGCCAUGGCCGCGGUCCUCUUCCAGAUCCACGCUGCGGCGCCGCUCACCGCCGACGACCGCUACGUCGCCGUCGUUGGCAACGUCUCUGAGCUCGGCGCAUGGGACGUCGCCAAGGCCGUUCCGCUCAAGAAGCAUGUCGGCACGUCGACGCUCUGGGAGGCAACGCUCGAGGUGGCCAUGUACGCGCUUAUCGAGUACAAGUACAUUGUGCUGGACCGCGCGGGCGGGCUCGUGCUUUGGGAGUCGCUGCCCGGCAACCGCACGCGGGUUGCCGGCGGGACCAACGUGGCGCUGCACAAGCCGGUCACGCAAAGCUCAAUCUUUGUCGCGCCCGCGGGACCCGUGCCUGGGCCACGCGUGCCCGAGCUGGCCGUGAAUGGCAACACGAGCGGCCAUUUCGAGCACAUGUGCUGUCGUACGAACGUGCAAGACCAGCCGUACUGGCAAGUCGACCUGCUCGCGAGCACACCGCUGGCGAAGCUCGUCCUCUGGAACCGCCAGGACAUGUUCUUGGACCGCCUCGUGCCGGUGUGGCUGCUGCUAUCCAACACGCCAUUCGGCGACGUCUCGUUGGAGGCCGCGAAGAAGCAGGCGCUGGCCUCGAUGCGGUUUGCCUCGGCGGCGACGCAGUUUGAAUGGCCGGUGACGACGACGGCGCGCUAUGUUCGCGUGCAGCACGAAGCCGCGCACACGAGCUUGCAGUUUGCGCAGCUCCAAGCGUUUACGCCGACGCACUUGGCGCCGCCGGUCCUCGAUGGCUGGUUUGGUCUUGACAAUCGCGCGCUCGGCGAUGGCCAGUCCCACAUUGACGGGCAAUGGCUCGCACCGGGGGCGACGCCCGAGCUCCGCCUCAUCUUUGGAAGCUUUGAUAAGAAGCCGUCCGUGACCUUUACGGACAAGGUGCAGCGAUCCAUCUACCUCCAAGCACGUGUGCUCGGGCAUCCGUCGACAUCGAUCGUCCACGCCCCGUACUCGGCGGAUUUGCGUGCUAUCGAUGUUGCGAUGCCGACGCCGCACUUGGAUCGAGAGCUCCUUGGCAAUGCGCUGCCGCUGCCGACCUCGCUGUCCCGAGGUCUCGACCACGUGUCGCUGCUCACGACGUUGCCACCCCACGUGCGUCACGAGCUCACGGCCAAGCUCGAGCGCAUCUCGUUUGUGGACGCGCAGCCCAUUCUUUCGAUCGGCCAAGACCGCCACCACCUGCUCCUUGUCGACGCAGGUGUCGUUGCCGUCACAGGCCCGACGACGACGCAGGGCACGGCGACCUUUCUCGAGCUCGGGCCGGGCGCGUACUUUGGCGAACUGGCCCUUGUCAGCGGCGCCAACCGCAGCGCGCAGGUCGUUGCGAAGGGCGCGGUGACGCUCUCGCGUCUGCAUCGCGACGACUUUGCAGCUGUCUUGGCUGCGCAUGGCCUCGACGCGACGUCGCUGCUUGCAGCGCACGCAGACGGUAUCGCGGCUUCGCUGCCGCUCUUGACGACGACACCCUCGCCCAAGACACCGUUCGUGGCCCAAGACACACUUCAGGUGUUUCGCCUCGGGCAUCUGCCGCCGUCGGCGUCGGUGGCGAUUGAGGUGGUCGAUGUCGCCACCGAGACCGUGCUUGGCACGAGUGUGCUCGUGGCGUCCCAGCUCCAUCGCACCAACGGCGCGGUCUCGACACCGCUGCUCUCGCCGUCGUUUGCUGUGGUCGGCGAAUUGCUGUUGCGGUACCUGCAUAUUCGGCCGUUUGUGCACAAGGACAACACGCUCGCAUCGGCGUUCCGCACCCAGUGGCUUCAUGGCCCUGCGCUCGACAUGGGCCACCGCGGUCUUGGUCGAUCCUACUACCAGGCGUUCGGGUACCGUACGUCGCACAUCCGCGAGAACACGCUCGCGUCCUUCGUCGUCGCCGGCCUCCAUGGCGCCGACUGGAUCGAAUUUGACGUGCAAUUGUCUAAAGACCGUAUCCCGGUCGUGUACCAUGAUUUCUUCUUCAAGGCCGCGCUUGAAGACCGUCGCGGACGGUCGCCGGCGGCGUUCACCAAGACGGGGCUCCACGACUUGACGCUUGCGCAGCUCAACAACGUCCAGUGGCGCCACGGCAAGUCGGUCACGGACGGCCCGCGCCUGCAGCACCUCGUGCGCAAGCACUGGCUCAAGCUCGUGCAGCCCAAGGCAAAAAAGCCGAGUCCCCCGACGACGACGACGACGACGACCUUGCCAACGAGCGACGUCGACUGGGCAGCGCUCUCGGAGCGGUUUCCAACGCUGGAAAACUUGCUCACGCACGUCCCCCCCUACGUGGGCCUCAACGUCGAAAUCAAGUACCCGGUGGACCCGCCGGAUGCCGCCAGUCUCCGGAGCCUCGACGCGUUCGAGAUGAACGCGUACUUGGAUGCGAUCCUUGCGUGCAUUUUCGAGCACGCGAACGGCCGGCGCAACAUUGUCUUUUCGUGCUUUGAGCCGGACGUGUGCGUCAUGCUGCGGGCCAAGCAGACGCGGUACCCGGUCUUCUUUCUCACGUGCGGCACCGACAUCACCGGUCAAGUGCCGGAUGUCCGAACCGUCUCGCUCGAGACCGCGGUGCCGUUUAGCCGCAUGGAGCAGCUCCAAGGGAUUGUGACCAACUCGCUGCCGCUGUUUACGAAACCCAAGUGGAUCCGCCACAUCCGCAACGACCAGCUGCACCUCUGGACGUGGGGCAACCACAACACGGGCCAUGACAAGGUGCAGUUUCAAAAAAUGCAUGGCGUCUCGGGCGUCAUCUCGGACAACGUCGGCGACCUCACCAAAGUCGACAAGAAGCUCCGCCCGCGCGAUGCCGGCGCCAGCAUGAGCUAAG